UAGUGUCCCUAGCCUUGGUCAGAGGGAAGAAGGGAGGCAAUUAACCAAACAGGCCAUAGCUGAAGUGACGCCCUCCCCUCCCCCCGACUGAAUGAGAGAGCCCAGCAUGAAGCCCUCCCGGGGCUCUAUACAAUUCGAAAGCAGGGAGCAUGGAGGUCAGCAGUGGACAGCUUUUUUUAUCUUUGUGUCUUGUGAGUGCUCCACGCUAUCAUCUCCUCUUCCCCUCUGACUCGUUCUUGGGCAAGACUUCUGUGGUUAAGAAGAAACAAGAGUGGUGGCAGAAGGCCAACCCCUUUCCUCCAUACACCUCCAUCCUGGGGCACAGAUGCAAAGGGGACACAUCUCAAAGAAUUCCAAUUACGGUACAAGAUCAUAACAAGAAACAUUUGGAUGCGGUAGCAGCACAAGACGAUUUGUCAAUGGCUUCAACAAAAAAAUAAAAUCUGCCCCCCAUGAUUGAUAGCCGAUUUACGGAAAAGGAUCUCAAUGACAUCUUUACUUUUGAAUUUGAAAAGCCCAAAUUUGGGCUUUUGGGAAAAGCAAAGAAGAAAUCUGCAAUGUGCAAGGUGGAAAAGGAAGUGAAUGGCGAGCUCAAACCAUGUAGCUUCAAGACAAGUGAAGCAAGUGCUGUAAAAAGUUUCAACCUUUGGCAGCAUGUAAAAUGUAACCAUCUUGAAAAUUAUGCAGCUCUGGUUACAAAAAAGGACCAGGAAGAUGAGGCAAAACAGAAAGCUGAUGCAGCUAAACAACAUUCAUCUGGCUCUUUGAAAACUCCUGGAGAAAAGAUUUUUUUGCAGAGCUUCAUCUGAAAAGAAACCCAAAAUUGAGCAAACAAAACUUGACUCAUAUUUGAAGUCCUCAAGGGUUACAGUCACCAUCGAUGCCAAUAUUUUCCGUGAAGGGCUGAUGGAAAUGGUUUGCUUGAGUUCAACACCGCCCACUACCUUCAGGCUAAAGAACAAAGGAUUCCAAAAAAUUGGAGGUGAAAAGGGUCAGCAGCUUGGCAUUUCGAUGGGGCACGAUGCAGUUUGUCAGUUAGUUGUCAGCACAGCUGAGUCUGGUUGCGAAGAGCUCAAGAAAGCUUUGGAACAAAAAUUGUGCUACCUGAAAAUGGAUGCAGCAACCCAUGGAAACAGAAAUUUCCUUGCAAUCAAUGCUCAGUACUACAAAGAAGGAAAAGAUAAAGCUUUGGUAAAAACCUUGGACAUAAUCGACACUGAAGAGUGUCACAAUUCUUCCUACAUGAAAAGUCAAGUAAAAGCUAUUUUAGAAAAAUUUGGGAUCAGUGAAAUGCAAGUGCUGAGCAUUUGCAUUGACAAUUCAGCAACCAUGGUGUGUGCCGUCAAAAAUUUCAGCGAGGACAAUGAAACCAUUUCUACUUCUGAGAACAGGAAUGUGGACAGAACUGUAGCUAUUUUGCCUGAUGAAGGAACUAAAGGAAUGGAUGAAAUAGAACUCAGCAUGGAUGCUGCUGCGCAAUGGGUUAAUGACCCUAGCCUCAUACUUCCAACAUGCCUUCAUGAGGGCGAUUCAAAAGUCCAACUGAUGAGGUGCAUUAUUCACGCUCUUCAGUUGGCAAUCUGGGAUGGACUGAACAAAGAACAUGCAAAGAAAUUUCUGGCAAAAAUUUGACAAGUCGUUGUCAAACUAUGAACCCCAAGUAUUGAAAGUGUUCUGCUUGAUCUACAUGGGGUAAUUAAUCAUUGGAUACUCUGACUCGCUGGGGUUCAACAUUUGCGAUGAUUGAUCGGCUUCUUGUUUUUCAACCUUACUGUGAACAAGUGGCUGCUGCUGGAACAAGAGAACUCAAGUUAACAAAAGCUGAAUUGGACAAAGUGAAGAACCUGUGAGACCUCUUGGCAAAGCCAAACCAAACAACCGUGAAUCUUCAAGUUGUCGAUGUAACCUGGGAGUUUUAAUGAAGGAAUGGAGAAAACUGUCAAAAUUCUUGCAAGAAAAUGGUGGACAAAUUGCAGAAGGAAUUCUAUCCUCCAUGCAGAAACGUGAAGAGAAGCUUUUUGACAAUAUUCAUUUCCUUGCUGGAGUUUGUUGACCCACGGUAUCGGAUUCUUCUUACCUCAAGGGAAAUACCAAAGGCAAAGGAAGGGCUCCUCGAUAUUGCUCAACGACUCGAAAAAUAAAAUCUAUUGCUACAUUUGAACUCGGCAAAAGAGGUUGAAAAAAACGAAAGACAACAAAAGGAGUCAUCAACAAUCGACUCUGCGGUUUCAGAAUGUUCACAUCCUUCAGAAAUAGAAGGCUGUUCUCAAACUUCCGUCUCCACUCUGAACUUGUUCGAGCGUCCAUCCCUGAGACGUCGUCAACCAUCACAGGGAAAUGGAGAUAAUUCAAGCACCAAUUCUUCAGAAGAUAACGACUUUGAAAAGGAAUUGGAUAAACAAGAAAGACGCCACCGAGUUUCUGCGCUUCAUAAUUGUAAUGAAGCAUUAUUCGAGAGAAACUUUCGGGAAGAUUGUGAGGCGAUGGAGUCUAUUGGUAGGCUAAAAGUUAAGUCUGUUUUUGAGGCCAUUCACAGCUACCCAUACUGCAUUCAGUCUGCCUGUAGAAUUGCUUUGAGCAUGCCAACAGCUCAACCUAGUGUAGAGUGACUGUUUUUGGCUUUAAAGUUAAUUUUAAAUGAUCUGAGGCAGGCUAUGAAAGACGACUCGAUUGCUGCAAUAAUUUUUUACAGAUUGAAUUAUGAAUGAUUCUAGUUUGUAUCGUUGAUGACAUUUAAAUUGAUUUAAAACUGAAUAAAAAUGUUUUUUCAAAAUUACAGUAUACACUUUAUUUAGCUAAAAAUUAAUUUAAGUCGGAGCGCAGAGCAGAGUCAGAGCGGAGCUGAAGCAGUCACUAUUUGUGCUGGAGCGGAGCAAUUAAAAAAUUUGAUUGCUCCAAAUCCCUCUCAACUAAACAUAAGAUGGCACAGACUGUUUAACGUACGUCCUUAAUACAUUUCAAGAGACCACUCAACAUGAGGUAUCUUGUUAACACCCUUCCAAUACUAGGGCAGAAGGAAAAGGUGGGGCUGGAAAAAGGCUGCUGGUGGUUGGUGGUAGAGGAUUACAGAUUGUCUUAAUAAAAUGAUUUUAGUGUUCAGCCAAAUGAUGAAUUUAAGAACCAGGUGUGUGUUUUGAAAGUGUGCAGAUUUCCUUUGAGGAUGACUCGUAGGUCAGAUAGAGAGGAUUUGAUUUAUGAAAAGUGUUUGUCGGCACAUGACGGUGUUUUUGACCAUUGUAGUAAGUUGAGGUCAGUAACAUGGAGUCAGCAGGCCUAAAUAGAGGCCUAUAACAUGAAAACAGCCACAAACCUGCAAUCUAGUGAGCAAGAUUUUGGUUCAGUAACAGGAGCCAAGAAAGAGGCCCUAUUGAUAAAUUGUGUGAUUGUGUAAGUUAGGUCGAGCAUGGAAGGACACAGGGAGGUACUGGGUACAGACUGUAAGCCAAAGGGGAGUAUUGGAACAUCUUAAGAAGAAAUGUUUUGGUACAAAAACUCCCUAAAAACUAAAGCACAUAUCGACCUAGGUUCAGGACC